AUGGGUUUGAUCAAGAAGGUAGCGGUAAUAGGUGGUGGACCGGCUGGUCUUUUGGCGGCUGAGAGUUUGGCUCGACAGGAAGACCAGAACUGGGAAAUUGUGGGAUUUGAAGCCCGAAGUCAGCUAGGCGGUGUUUGGAGCGAUACUCCGGGCUCUAAUCUAAACUCGGAGCAGGUGUUCCAGCAAUUGCAGCUGUUGGGAAAUGUUGAAGCUCCUCUUGAUCCAGCAACAAUAUUCCAGAAGGAUUCACCGCUUGUGGAAAACGGGCGAAUUCCAAACCUACGUCCGAUGCUUGCGACCAGUGUCAAUAAGCCAAUGUGUCUGAAAAGAAAGCCAUUACUACGUGACGGUCUCGUUUUAUCUAGCAAGACCGGUGUUUACGAUAAUUUCAUGACCAAUGCACCUAGACAAUUGAUGGACCUUGACUGCCGAAACCCGUUGCAAGAUGACCGAAGAGACGACAUUGCACCAUUGGAAGACUUGCAGCAAGUGCAGGAAAACGUGAAAAGUUUUGUGGAAAAGCACCAGAGCUCCAAAAUAUUUCGACUCAACACAAGUGUUGAAUAUCUCGAUAAACUGUCGCCCUUGAAAUGGAUUAUAAUAGCCAAAACCUCGGAUCCCAGAAACGAUACUGACAGUUGGUACAGCGAGACAUUUGACGCAGUUGUUAUUGCUAAUGGUCAUUUUAUGUGUCCAUAUGUCCCCUACUACAUGAGCUCGACGUCGAAUGGCGACUCGAACAUCCACGAGUUCAACAAAAGCUUUCCUGAUACCCUAUCACACGUACGGGAUAUUGACGUCUGGUAUCAGAAACGACUUCCUCUGUUGCAUAAGGCAUCUGCAUCUCGAAAACAGAAAAUUGUCAUUGUUGGCAAAAGUUUCAGCGCCAUGGACAUUCUGAAGCGCCUCGUCCCUCUACAGGAUGCACACCACUCGCUUGAAAUCAUAAUUUCGACGAAAACACCUCCCAAUCCUGAAAAUACAGCCAAUCCGUUCUGUUGGUUUGACAAGUGGCUUACACAAACAACAAAAGUGACCACAGUGUGUGCAAUCUCACAAUUUUUCGAGAAACAGGGAAAACCCGCUUUGCGGCUAGAAGAUGGAUCUGAAAUUCAGGAGGUAUCCGAAAUCUUAUUUGCAACGGGGUAUCUUUAUUCCUUUCCAUUUGUAUCCAACAAAUUGCUCGAGAAUUACCGUAUACUUCUGACUCCUGAUCCACGGUGUCCAAGUGGGACGCCGUCCAACAUUUCCCGUGUUACAGGUCUCUACCUCCACACCUUUUCGAUUGCAGAUCCCACAAUGGGUUUUGUGGGAAUCUCCAGCAAUGCCAACUUCCAGUCCUUCCAAAUUUCAGCUCAAGCUCUUGCUGGAGCGUGGUCUAAGGUCAAUUACCUUUACGAAACGCUAAAACCUCAAGACGGGCCAAUCUAUGACUCUAUAUGGUCACAGGUUCUCCCUUCUGUUCAAGAGCAGCUCAAGUGGUGUCAAGAACGUCUGCUUCAGACCGGAAAUAAUGGUGCCUACCAUUUUUACUUUCCGUUAAACCUACUCAAAGAGCAAUGGCUCAAGCACAGCGAGCCGCUAUUUACCGACAAAGAUCGUCAGCAGCGCUUGUUUCCGGAGGACUCUGCCGAGAAAGCGCAGUCAGGGCUAAAGAAACUCGAGGAGCUAUUUUUACAAACCGUGGAGCCUAACAAAAAUCUCUAA